ACGUCAGUUAAUUCUUCACUCGUAAUUUGAACAGUGUAAAAUAUCCUCCUCUAAGUUUACAAUGAGCUUGCUUAAAGUUGCAGUUUUCGCCGCGCUAGUCAUUUGUGCUAGUGCCGAGCCUAAACCAAACCCGGGAGUCCUCGCCGCCCCAGUUGCACCCGUGGCGUACUCAGCACCCCUAGUUCAAUCACCAUUUGUCGGUAGAACUUUCGCUGCACCGGUGGCUUAUGCAUCUCCGUUCGCAUACAAUGCUCCAGUUGCUGCUGCAUACACUGCCCCGUUGACUGCGGCCUAUGCUGCACCAUUUGCUGCUGCUCCAGUUGUAGCUGCUCGUGCAGCGCCGGUUGUUGCUGCAGCUGCACCUGUCGUGGCGGCCCGUGCUGCUCCUUUAGUAGCUGCUGCAUCAGUUGUUACUGCUCCUGCUCCUGUCGUGGCUGCUCGUGCGGCUCCAGUUGUAGCUGCUCCGGUUGUUGCUGCCCGCGCUGCUCCGGUUGUGGCUGCACCAGUUCAAGCCGAGUUCACUGAUAGUUACCCACAAUAUCAGUAUGCAUAUAACGUGCAGGAUGCUCUGACUGGUGACUCGAAAACACAGGAAGAGACUCGUGAUGGUGACAUCGUUAAGGGAUCUUACUCUUUGAUCGAACCCGACGGCAGCCGUCGUAUUGUCAACUACUACGCCGAUCCAAUCAACGGAUUCAACGCUGUCGUGCAGAAGGAUGUCCCAGUUGCGCUAGCAGCCAAGACCGUUGUGGCUCCUGCUGUUGCUGCCAAAGCUGUGCUAGUCUAGGAAGCGUCUAUAGUUUGAACUAGGAUCAGUCUAAAUAUGCUGUGUAUAUAGGACCAUUUCCCGUGUGUAAAUAGUCGUUAAGACAUCUGUGCCACCAUCGAUGAGCAACUUUAAGCAAUCACUCAUUUGUACAUAAUUUCCACUGUUAAAAAUCAUAAUUGCUUGAAGUCAUACCUUUUGUACAGCUUCGUUUUAGAAAAUAAAUCACGAAAUUUCAAUGCUUAUACAAAAUUUA